GAGAGAGAAAGAGAGGAGAGGAGGGGAGGGAGGGAUGGAACAGAGCCUGUGAGACACAGAGACAACAGCUGCCAGAAAGAAGAUUCUCAGGGGAAGAAAGACGAGGAAAGGACAGCUCCAGUUCCUGUCUGCUCCACGAUCUCUGCCCCACCAUGUACUCGGCACUCGUAUUUGCCGCUAUGCUCCUGGUGCUUCCCGUGCAGCUCGCAGAGACCCGUGCACUUCGGACCCCCAGCGAAGCAAUGCAGUUUGUUGAACAGCUUUUGGAACACUACAAUGACCUCCUGACCCUUGACGACCUUGAAAAUCUAGUGGGCAGUCCGCUGGAGGAGCCACAACCCUUCAGCUCAGGGCUAAAGGUUGCCGAGUACCCCAAAUGGAUCGAUAUUCCUGCUGAAAAUGGUAACGCUUGGCUUCGUCUCCUUAGAGGAGCUGUGGCAAGUCAGAAAAGGGGUUUGACCGAUAGGGCAAAGAGGGGUUGGAACCGCGGCUGCUUUGGCCUGAAACUGGACCGCAUUGGGUCCCUGAGUGGCCUUGGCUGCUAGUAAUUGCCCGAGGUGAGUGUCUGUCUUUGGGAGUAUCAAUAAGACUAUAUUCUACAUGGCCAAACAUGUUGGCAGCCCGUAGUCUGUGCCAUCAUUAUAUGUGGUCUGUUCUGAAACAAUAAGGAAAGCAUUCUGGCUAGGUGUCCUGCUGGUGCAGUUUCCAUAAAUCAAGGUUACAAGAAAAAAAAAGUCAAUGUUUGUGUCAUGAGCUCAUGUAAAAGUACCACUAAUAAUUGCUGAAGUACCUGUAUUAUGUAACCCAGUGGUUAUUGCUAGCUGUGAAGUUGUAAUGUUUUUGCCUGUAUUUUUAUUUUUUGCUUAACUGAUUUUCCUUUAUUUAAUCUUUCCUAAAUUAUUGUUCCGUCCAAGAGAAUUUAUUUUUUUUCUGUCACCUUGACUUCACAAAAAAAUGACAGAUUUUUGUAUUGCUGUUUUCUCUUUAUGGUUUUAAACAAAGAUACAUUCCAUAAAACUGCCCUUUUCGAAGGGGAGGCUGAAGAAGACUUCCAUGUGAUUUAAUUUCCUUUUUAGUUUUGUUUUUGUUUUAGUUACACUGAAUAAAUGUUAAUACAAAAGUCAUUGAACUUGUUUGGACCAUAAAUGUAUUUGUAGCCAUUGUUUAUGGACUCAAGAAUAACUAUAGUACAAGAAGGAAAUGUAAUGGUGUGUGAUUCUGCUCAAUUCAAUAACUCAUUUGGUCUUUUAGGCGUUUUCUAAAAGGUCAUUUCUUUUUAAGCUUGAAUAUUUGUCAUCAGUUCAAUUCCUUUGAAUUAAAAUUUGUCUGAAAUUGCAAAAA